CGCGUGUCGGCCGCUCACUGGCGCAGCCGCCGCCGCCGCCGCCAAGCCCCGCCUAGGCCUCGUCGCAGGUGCCGCGGCGGACGGAGCGCGGCCGGGCCGGGGCUCCAGGGGACCGCGAAGGCGCGGGGGCGCGGCCGCGCGGCCGGUGACAGGGACUUGUUCUAAAAUGGGCCUUCUGAUUAUGUUCACCGGACUGUGGCUGGCUUCCUUGGUCAAGGCAGAUUCCAAGGCUGUUACAACCUCUCUUACAACAAAGUGGCUUUCCACACCGCUGUUGCUAGAAGCCAGUGAGUUUUUAGCAGAAGACAGUCAAGAGAAAUUUUGGAAUUUUGUAGAAGCCAGUCAAAAUAUUGGAUCAUCUGAUCAUCACGGUACUGAUUAUUCCCAUUAUCAUGCAAUAUUGGAGACCGCAUUUCAGUUUCUAUCACCUCUGCAGCAGAAUUUGUUGAAAUUUUGUCUGUCUCUUCGUUCGUACUCGGCUACCAUCCAAGCCUUCCAGCAGAUAGCAGCUGACGAACCUCCCCCUGAAGGUUGCUCUUCCUUCCUUUCGGUACACGGAGAGAAGACUUGUGAGCUUGAUGCCCUUGACACUCUCCUGCAUACGGCUGCUGAGAGACGCAAACCUUUGCUGUUCAAAGGCGACCACAUCUAUCGCUCAGCUAAUCCCGACAGCCCAGUGGUGAUUUUCUACUCUGAAAUUGGCCAGGAGGAAUUUUAUAAUUUCCAUCACCAGCUCAUAUCAAAGAGUAAUGCAGGUCAAAUCAAUUAUGUGCUUCGACAUUAUAUAUCUAACCCCAGGAAGGAGCCUGUCUACCUCUCUGGCUACGGUGUGGAGUUGGCCAUUAAGAGCACUGAGUACAAGGCCAAGGAUGAUACUCAGGUGAAAGGAGCUGAAGUAAACACCACAGUGAUUGGAGAAAAUGAUCCCAUUGAUGAAGUUCAGGGGUUUCUCUUUGGAAAAUUAAGGGACCUGCACCCGCAGCUGAGGGAGCAGCUGAAAGAGCUCAGGAGGCAUCUCGUGGAGAGCACGAAUGAAAUGGCACCUUUAAAGGUCUGGCAGUUGCAAGACCUAAGUUUCCAGACCGCUGCCCGGAUCCUGGCUGCUCCUGUUGAGUUAGCGUUGGUAGUCAUGAAGGAUCUUAGUCAAAACUUUCCAACGAAAGCCAGAGCAAUAACCAAAACAGCUGUGAGUUCAGAACUUCGAACUGAAGUGGAAGAGAAUCAGAAGUAUUUCAAGGGGACUUUAGGAUUACAGCCUGGGGAUUCGGCCCUGUUCAUCAAUGGACUCCAUAUUGACUUGGACACACAGGACAUAUUCAGUCUGUUCGAUGUGUUGAGGAAUGAAGCCCGGGUGAUGGAGGGCCUGCACAGGCUGGGCAUAGAAGGCACAUCUCUGCAUAAUGUCUUGAAGCUGAACAUCCAGCCGUCUGAGGCCGACUAUGCAGUGGACAUCAGGAGCCCUGCAAUUUCAUGGGUCAACAACCUGGAAGUUGAUAGCAGAUAUAAUUCGUGGCCUUCUAGUCUACAAGAGCUGCUUCGACCCACCUUUCCUGGUGUUAUCCGGCAGAUCAGGAAGAACUUGCACAACAUGGUCUUCAUUGUUGACCCUGCUCAUGAAACCACAGCUGAAUUAAUCAACACUGCUGAGAUGUUCCUCAGUAACCACAUACCACUCAGACUUGGCUUCAUCUUCGUGGUCAACGACUCUGAAGAUGUCGAUGGGUCUCAGGAUGCUGGAGUGGCCGUCCUGCGAGCCUAUAACUAUGUCGCCCAGGAGGUGGACGAGUACCACGCCUUCCAGACUCUCACGCAGAUCUAUAACAAAGUGAGAACUGGGGAGAAGGUGAAGGUGGAGCACGUGGUCAGCGUCCUGCAGAGUAAAUACCCGUAUGUGGAAGUGGGCAGCAUUCUGGGCAUUGACUCUGCCUAUGACCAGAACCGGAAGGAGGGAAGAGGCUACUCGGAGCAGACAGGGGUUGGCCCCCUGCCCGUCAUUCUGUUUAACGGGAUGCCCCUUGAAAAGGAGCAGCUGGACCCCGAUGAGCUGGAGACUGUGACCAUGCACAAGAUCCUGGAGACGACCGCCUUCUUCCAGAGGGCAGUGUACCUGGGAGAAUUUUCUCAUGAUCAAGAUGUGGUAGAGUAUAUCAUGAAUCAACCAAAUGUUGUUCCACGAAUUAAUUCAAGAAUUUUGACAGCUGAGCGAGAGUACUUGGAUUUAACAGCGACCAAUAACUUUUUUGUGGAUGAUUUUGCUAGAUUUACUGUCUUGGAUUCCCCAGGCAAGACUGCAGCAAUAGCCAAUAGUAUGAAGUACCUGACAAAGAAAGGAAUGUCGUCCAAGGAAAUCUAUGAUGAUUCUUUUAUUAGACCAGUAACUUUCUGGAUCGUCGCGGAUUUUGAUAGCCCAUCCGGAAGACAGUUACUGUAUGAUGCUAUUAAACAUCAGAAAUCCAGUAACAAUGUUCGGAUAAGCAUGAUCAAUAACCCCAGCAGAGAUGUCAGUUACGAGAACACUCGGAUCUCCAGAGCCAUCUGGGCGGCCCUCCAAACCCAGACCUCCAACUUGGCAAAGAAUUUCAUCACUAAAAUGGUCAAGGAGGAGACGGCGCAAGCCCUGGCCGCAGGCGCUGAUGUGGGCGAGUUCUCCGUCGGGGGCAUGGAUUUCAGUCUUUUUAAAGAGGUCUUUGAGUCUACCAAAAUGGAUUUCAUUUUGUCUCAUGCCAUGUACUGCAGGGAUGUUCUGAAGUUGAAGAAGGGACAGAGGGCAGUGGUCAGCAAUGGACGGGUAAUUGGUCCGCUGGAGGACAGCGAGCUCUUUAAUCAAGAUGAUUUCCACCUCCUGGAAAAUAUCAUCUUAAAAACAUCUGGACAGAAAAUCAAAUCUCAUAUCCAGCAACUUCGGGUAGAAGAAGAUGUGGCAAGUGACUUGCUAAUGAAAGUGGACGCUCUUUUGUCAGCUCAGCCAAAAGGAGAUGCCAGAAUUGAGUACCAGUUCUUUGAAGACAAACACAGUGCGAUUAAACUGCAGCCCAAGGAAGGGGAGACGUACUUCGAUGUCGUGGCCGUGGUCGACCCCGUCACCAGGGAGGCGCAGAGACUGGCCCCGCUACUCUCGGUUUUAACUCAGCUGAUCAACAUGAAUCUAAGAGUAUUUAUGAACUGCCAAUCUAAGCUUUCUGACAUGCCUUUAAAAAGCUUUUACCGGUAUGUCUUGGAACCAGAGAUUUCUUUCACCUCAGAUAACAGCUUUGCUAAGGGUCCAAUAGCAAAGUUUUUGGAUAUGCCACAGUCUCCGCUGUUCACCCUGAAUUUGAACACACCUGAGAGUUGGAUGGUAGAAUCUGUCAGGACACCCUAUGAUCUUGAUAAUAUUUAUUUAGAAGAGGUGGACAGCGUAGUGGCCGCUGAGUAUGAGCUGGAGUACCUGCUCCUGGAGGGCCACUGCUACGACAUAACCACAGGCCAGCCGCCGCGGGGCCUGCAGUUCACCCUGGGCACAUCCACCAAGCCUGUCAUCGUGGACACCAUCGUUAUGGCCAAUCUGGGCUACUUUCAGUUAAAAGCCAAUCCAGGGGCUUGGAUUCUCAGACUGAGAAAAGGACGUUCAGAAGAUAUUUAUAGGAUCUACAGUCAUGAUGGUACAGAUUCUCCACCUGAUGCUGACGAGGUUGUCGUCGUCCUCAACAACUUUAAGAGCAAAAUAAUUAAAGUGAAGGUCCAGAAGAAGGCAGACAUGGUGAAUGAAGACUUGCUGAGUGAUGGGGCUAAUGAGAACGAAUCUGGAUUUUGGGACUCUUUCAAAUGGGGCUUUUCGGGGGGACAGAAGACUGAGGAGGUGAAGCAGGACAAAGACAACAUAAUUAACAUCUUCUCUGUUGCCUCGGGCCACCUCUACGAAAGAUUUCUCCGCAUCAUGAUGCUCUCGGUUCUGAAGAAUACCAAGACCCCUGUGAAAUUCUGGUUCUUGAAGAAUUAUUUGUCCCCCACUUUUAAGGAGUUCAUCCCUUACAUGGCGAAAGAAUAUAACUUCCAGUAUGAGCUUGUGCAGUACAAGUGGCCCCGGUGGCUCCAUCAGCAGACGGAGAAGCAGCGCAUCAUCUGGGGCUACAAGAUCCUCUUCCUGGACGUGCUCUUCCCGCUCGUCGUCGACAAGUUCCUCUUUGUGGAUGCGGACCAGAUUGUGCGAACAGACCUCAAAGAACUAAGAGAUUUCAACCUGGACGGCGCCCCUUACGGCUAUACCCCGUUCUGUGAUAGCCGGAAGGAGAUGGAUGGCUACAGGUUCUGGAAAUCAGGCUACUGGGCCAGUCACCUGGCUGGACGGAAGUAUCAUAUCAGUGCGCUCUAUGUUGUGGACCUGAAGAAAUUUCGGAAGAUAGCGGCUGGUGACAGACUCCGGGGACAGUACCAAGGUCUGAGUCAAGACCCGAACAGCCUCUCAAAUCUUGAUCAAGAUUUGCCCAAUAACAUGAUCCAUCAGGUUCCAAUCAAGUCCCUCCCUCAAGAAUGGCUUUGGUGUGAGACAUGGUGUGACGAUGCCUCAAAGAAAAGGGCCAAGACCAUCGACUUGUGUAAUAACCCGAUGACCAAAGAGCCCAAACUGGAAGCUGCGGUUCGGAUCGUCCCCGAGUGGCAGGACUACGAUCAAGAGAUCAAACAGCUGCAGAUCCGCUUUCAGAGGGAAAAAGAAAGGGGAGCGCUGUACGGAGAGCAGGCAGCGGAGCCGCCCCGAGAAGGACCUCAGAAACGGGAAGAAUUAUGAUCUCCGGUGGAGGCUAGGAAAUUGCACCAUUUGAGAAACAGUUUUAUAUUAAAUGCUAGUUUUUUGUCUGAUCUGUCUAUACAACUGCUGAGAGACUGGCCGGGCCGGGCGGCACAGCCAUGGCACGAGUCCCGAUUCCGACCCCUGCUUCUCGAGGGGCGCUGCACCUUCGGAAUUUGGGCUCCACUGGGCUUGUGCCUCAACGGAAGAUACUGUGGCUGAAGCCCCGUCUCCUCUCCUGAGGAUCAGUGUCUCCCCGGAGGAGAGAGCAGCGAAGACAACUGGACAGCGCAAGGCCUGUGGUGCCCACCUGAGCGUGCGUGCGCACGCACACACACACACACACACACACACACACACACACACACUCCACACACAAGCACACACACAUACACAUGCAAACUUAGACACACAGGCACACGUGUGUGAAUAAACACACACAGACAUGCAUGCACACAUGCACACACGCUAUCAACGGAGCACGGGGCAGCGCAGCCGCCAGCGUUGCCCUGUUCUUCUUUACCUCAGUGGACUGGCAGCGGCGCUCAGCCUGCGACCGAACUGUGGUGUAGCCGCCUCAGCUCAGGGUGUCUGCCUGUGCUGCGUGCCCUUCCCGCGUUCUCUUCCCAAGCAUUUUGUUUUUUGUCGAAUUGAAAUCCAACCAUCAAUCAUGUGUCUUCAGGGUUAACUCGGGCAAAUGAAUUCUGUGACCGAAUGGAGGUGAUUUGGGAUGAGGGGUGGGGAGGAUGUGAGGAGUCGGGGAAGUGACUUGGGGCUCUGGGCGGAGGGGAGAAGGACCUGAAUUUGGCUCUUGGAUUUUCUAACUCAUCAGUACUGUGGUGACGAAUUUGAAAUGAAAGCUCUAUUCUUGUUCCCUCCCCGGCUCCAGCCAACUUUUUAGGUAAUUGUUUUGUAAAUGAUUUUUGUAUUUGAAAAAAAAAAAUUACUUCUCCUUUCGAUUUUCUUAUAAAACCAAGUCUGUUAUGGAUUUCCUUUCUGGA